AUGAUAGCAUACACACUCUAUCUGCCGGUCGUCCUGGUGGCAUUGGUGGCCAUCAGCUACCUCCACGUCGCUUUCAGGAAAGGGUUGAGAGAGAUUCCAGGCCCGUUGCUGGCUCGAUUCUCUUCCUUCUACCGCGUGGCGCUGGUCUACAAUGGCGAAGCGCCCAAGCACUACCGCAACCUCCACGAGAAGUAUGGACAGAUCGUCCGCGUUGGGCCCAACGAAGUCUCGGUAUCAGAUCCUGACAUGGUCCCCGUCAUCUAUGGCAUUGGAUCCAAGUUUCUCAAGGUCAUCGACAGCAUGUUCUCGACCCGAGACCCCGAGUACCACAAGAACCUGAAACGACCCGUGGCCCAGCUCUUCUCCAUGACCAACAUGAAGAACUACGAGCCGUACGCCGACGAAUGUACGGGCUUGUUCAUCGACGCCAUGUGCGCGGUCGAAGGUCAGGUGCUCGACCUGGGCGUGUGGCUGCAGUAUUAUGCUUUUGACGUGAUCGCCUAUAUCACGUUCCAGCGCAGAUUCCGUUUCCUGGACGAACGCCGCGACGUCGACAAUAUGAUCAGUGAUCUCGAUGCCGUCCAGGGAUAUCUCAAGCUGAUCGGCCAGAUCCCAUGGGCACAUCCUUAUCUCCUGGGCAACCGGAUUUUGGUCGGGUUGGCCAAGAUGCUAGCGACAGUUCCAGAUCCCCUGUAUUCUUUCCUCAAGAUCACCGAAGACGAAAUCCACCGCUACGACCACGAGGGCAGAACAUCUCAAGGCCAACGAACCGACUUCCUGGCCCAAAUCCGACAGAAGACUGAAAAGGACGGGAAGAUCACUCAGACGGACAUGGUGAAUCAUCUGUCGAACAACAUUAUCGCAGGAUCCGACACCACGGCGAUCUCGCUCCGAGCCAUCUUCUACAACCUGAUGAAACAUCCACAGGUGUACCAGAAACUGCAGGCGGAAAUUGACGAGGCGGACCGAGAAGGCAAACUGUCUCCCUACGUCACAUACGAAGAAUGUCUGCGUCUGCCGUAUCUACAAGCCGUGAUGAAGGAAGCAAUGCGCGUCCACCCUGGCGUCGGGCUGCCUCUCGAACGAUACGUGCCUGCUGAAGGGGCGACGAUCUGCGGCGUCUUCUUACCCGGCGGCACCAACGUGUUCAUAUCUGCCCCUGUUCUGCACUCGGACAAGAGAGUGUUCGGGCCAGAUGCAGACCUAUACCGACCCGAGAGGUGGAUUGAGUCGUCUGAAGAGCAGCUGAAGGUGAUGGAACGGAGCUUCCUGGCGUUCGGCCACGGAGUCCGCACGUGCAUAGGCAAGAACAUUUCGAUUCUGGAGAUGGGCAAAUUCGUCCCCCAGAUCCUGCGGCAUCUGGACGUGCAAUGGGCGGGCGACAAGCCCGAGUGGGACACGCACUGCAAUUUCUUCUGGAAGCAGACCAACAUGCCCGUCGUGUUCAAGGUUCGCGAGAAGAGGUGAGGGAGUAGCGCCGGCGACGACGUUGAGACGAGGCGGAAGAACCGGAAAAAUGAAACACCACAUGUAGUUGCGUUCCUCGCUACAGGGCCUCAAGUUGC